CAGGCCGAAGUUUCUCGUCGAAUUGGAAUUUCACUUAAAAGAUUUGCUGGCACGUCAGACAAACAGACAAAACAUAAACAGCAACAGUGACAGAAGUGAAUUUUUCGCUAGAAGUAUUUUAUUAAAUUUUAAAUCAAACAACGCAACUAAAUCAAAGAAAAUGGUUCGCCGUGGACGUUCAGCCAGCCCCCCACCAUCCGUUAGACGGUCUGCUCCGGCACCCGCUCGUGCUGCCGCCCCAGUGCCGGCACGUGCUGCUGCUCCACCAGCGCCGCCAGCACCCAUGGCCGCUCCACCUUCGGCCGUCGGCAUGCCGGCGCCCCAGCAGCCCUCGAUGUUCCAGCAAAUGGCCGCCACCGCCGGCGGCGUUGCAGUUGGCUCUGCCAUCGGCCACACCGUGGGCCACGGCCUCACAUCCCUGUUCAGCGGCUCUGGCGACAAGGAAGCAGCGGCCCCAGCACCUGCUGCCGCAGCGCCCCAGCAACAGCAGCCGUACUUCGCUCAGCAGCCCAACGAACCUCAGGGUGCCUGCGCCUGGGAGAUCAAACAGUUCAUCCAGUGCGCCCAGGGCCAAUCGGAUCUGACGCUGUGCGAGGGAUUCAAUGAGGCGCUGAGGCAGUGCAAGACUCAGAAUCAUAUGCAGUAGAGAAGCUGGAAGACAAUACAACAACAAAAACAUGCUUGAGAGAACACCCCCUCGUACACACCAUCCCCGCCCCGUCACCAACUACAUCUACAGACGGACGGACGGCGUAAUAUGUUGAGCUAAAGUUGUUUGUUGUUGGUUUUUUUUUCGUUAGUUUUAAUUGUUUAACCCGAAUGCAGAAAAGGAUGAAAAUUGUUUAAACCGUAGUGCAAAAUAUUGUUCAAUAGAAACCCCCAUUGGCAGCAGCCCCAUCGCUGUCGAUAAAAAAAUA